AUGUCUCACUCCCACGCCCCCCACGACGCCGGCGCUGCCAACGGCGUCAGCCAGCCGAUACCCGUGGUGGCGAAAAGAGCCCGCAUCGCCGACGACGCCUCGCGCACCGCCCGCUCGCUGCUGCCGUUGACGCUUGCCCCGCCCAUUGACAACGACGGCUUGCUGUGGCCGCUGGUGGGCACGCGGACCCGGCUCACCCAGCUGCCGCAAGAGGCUAAAGCCCGUGAGGAACGCAUCGCCGAAGCGGUAAAGACGAUUUUGGUCGAGUUGGGCGAGGAUCCGUCGCGUGAAGGCCUUCUCGAAACUCCUGACCGCUACGCUAAAGCGAUGCUUUAUUUCACUAAAGGGUACGAGGAAAACAUCAAGGACGUGAUCAAAAAGGCCGUGUUCGAAGAGGACCACGACGAAAUGGUGAUUGUGCGUGAUAUCGAAAUCUAUUCGUUAUGCGAACACCACUUGGUGCCGUUUUUCGGUAAGUGCCACAUCGGCUACAUCCCCAACAAACGGGUGUUGGGCCUCUCGAAAUUGGCCCGGUUGGCGGAGAUGUACCUGCGCCGGUUCCAGGUGCAAGAGCGGUUGACGAAGCAGAUCGCGAUGGCGCUCGCCGACGUGCUCAAGCCGCGAGGGGUGGCGGUGGUGAUCGAGGCGCUGCACAUGUGUAUGGUGUCUCGCGGGGUGCAGAAGCUGGGGUCGUGCACCACCACCAGUUGUAUGUUGGGGUGCUUCCGCGACAAGCAGAAGACCCGCGAGGAGUUCUUGACGUUGCUUGGGCGCAAGUGA